AUGUCGACCCCGCGGCCGCAGCCCCCGGCGGCGACCCUGCGCGGCUUCCUCGACGCGCACUUCGCCUCCGCCGAGGACCUCACCGCCGCGCCGGCCCUCGCCGAGCUCCUGCGCCGCGAGUGCGCGGGGCUCGAGGCGUCCCUCCGCCGCCUCGAGGCGCAGCUCGCCUCCGGCUCCGCCUCCUGGCUCGCCCGCUCGGCCGAGGCCCGGUCGGGCCUCCGCCGCAUCCGCUCCGGAGGAGGAGGAGACAUCCCUGCCGGGGACCAAGGGGAAGCGAGCGCUCCGGGCGUGGAGCUGCCGGCGAUCGUGCGGGAGAUCGAGCGGAUCGACACCAUUCGUCUCUACGCGGAAGCUACUCUACAGUUGGAAGCUCUGGUUGGUAACCUAGAAGAUGCAGCAUAUUCCAUUGUUAGACAGGCCUCAAAGUUGAACCUGUCAUCAGUACUUCGCCGGGCAUCAAACGGGGUGGAACGGAAGCAAGAAAAGUUGCUCCAGGCUGUUGAUGCUGUGAGAGAUAUUGAGCGAGAAUUGGUAAGGAUCAGCACAAGUAGGCCACAGUGGACAAAUCUUAUAGUGGCGGUUGAUUCAAGAGUGGACAAGACUCUAGCCAUUUUGAGGCCUCAAGCACUUACAGAUUAUCGAGCUCUACUUGCUGCACUAGGCUGGCCACCUUCCUUGUCUUCACCUGACAUGGAGAAGGAUAAGUACUCCCAAGUUCCAAAUCCCCUUAUCUUGAUGAAUGAGGCAAAUAAAGAGAAGUAUUCUGAAAGCUUUCUAGCACUGUGUGCUCUACAACAUGUGCAAGCCAACCGUGAAGUGCGUCAAUGCCAGAUGCCAGCGGCAACUACUCCUAGCCUGUCAGAUUCGAAGUACUUCGAUAAAACUGCGUGCCUCGAUAAUGGACUUUGGGCAAUUGAUGAAUUGGUCCACCCUAUUGUGUCAAGGAUGGAAUAUCAUUUUUCUAAAUGGUCUGAACAACCAGAGUUUAUUUUUGCUCUUGUUUACAAGAUAACAAAGGAUUUCAUGGAUGGAGUGGAUGAUGUACUGCAGCCUUUGAUUGACAAAGCAAGACUUGUGGGCUUAAGUGCCAAAGAAUCUUGGGUAACUGGAAUGGUAAAAAUGCUUCUAGGAUACCUUGAGACGCAAAUUUUCCCACCCCUUGUCACCGCUUAUCAUCGUACUGAUGACAAACUUGAAGUACAUUCAUCUUGGAUGCAUUUGAAUGACCAGAUGAUUACUUUUGAUAAAAGGAUGCAGCUGCUUGCAGAUUCAGGAAUUCAGAAAGUUGCAUUGGUUUCUGAAGGGCUCUCAAGGUCAUUAUCUGUCUUUUCAAUAUACGUUGGACAUUCUGAUUGGCUUCGGAUAUGGGCUGAUAUAGAGCUUAAUUCUGCACAGAAUAAGCUCAAAUCUGAAUUAGAGGAUGAGGCAAGUUGGUUAUGUAGUAUUGAUCCUCAGGAUGAGCUUGGUCACCAGGAAACCACUGCUAGAUUUCUUCUGUCUACGAGAGAAGAUUACAAAGCUCCACCUGUUUCUGAAUUUGUCGUCAAAACUGCAUCAACGAUGAUUGAAAGAAGUCAUGCUCUGCCAACUAAGGGGACGAAGAUCCAGUAUUGCAGAUCCACUUCAGUCCAGUUCUUGAAUGACUUCUUUGUUUUGUUGCAUGAGGGAUGUGAGGCAUUGCAGUUGCCAAAUACAGCUUUACAAGAUGAGUCUCUGUUGAAAGCUUCCUAUGCAAUUAAUGCAGCUAGAUAUUGUGAAUAUGUUGUUCGGGAAUGGGGUGAAGAUACCGCCUUCAUGGAGCUGGGUGCGCAUGGGAAUUAUGUUGAUGGAAACCAAGAACAAAUCCACAAACACAGUGCCCAACGUCAGUGUUCUUUCUUUGCAGACGAGAUUGCCUUUUUGGUUAAGCUAGGGACUGAUUUUCUGGAACAGAUCAUGUCCUCCAUCCUGAUUGAGUUUGAAGACCUGUCCUGGGACUACGUCCAAAGCAUUGGAUCAUCAAAUGAACAAAACCAACCAGAUGAUCAGGUUCCUGAUGAAGAAAACCUAGAGGUAUUGCCUGGAUUCGUCGCCAGCCUAGAAGUCCUGAGAGAGCGAACCACGAAGCUGAAGCUGUAUCUCAACUCCAAGGAUUUCCUUGACCUGUGGAGGAGCAUAGCAGAAGGUCUCGACUACUUCGUGUACAGCAGCAUACGGUGGGGCCAAGUGAAGUUCUCUGACCCCGCAGUCGUGCAGCUGAGAGUCGAUACCAAGGCCCUCCUCCGCAUCUUCAGGCCCUACUGUUCCAGACCUGAGGCCUUCUUCCCGUUUGUAACCGACUCUCUGAAGCUGCUGACCAUGCGAGAGACAGACGCCCAGUACUUUCUGGAAGCGCUCAAGAAGGGGAAGGACAACGGCAAGUCUGGCCUGAGGCAGCAUGGGUUGCACCAUGUGGAUGCUAGCCAGGCCGUGAAAGUCCUGAGAAGCAGGAAGUCUGGUGGAUAA